GUAACAACAGUACCGGUAAGAAAGCAAAAACAUGCAAGCAGCGCAAGGGAUCGACCUCUUUUCCCAGGUCGCUGGUGUCGGCUGCUCGGGCGGUUUGACGCUUGUGAAAGGUUCGCUGGAGCUGUCAGGUCUAUUCCUUGUUCAGCAAUACCUCCGAAUACUCCUACAGAACGGAUACGCGGUAAUACUGGUGACAGCGGAGCAAUCCCUGGAGCGGUACAAGUAUGUGACCAAGAAAAUGGGCAUUAAUCUGCCAUCGUACCAACAGUCAGGCCAUCUAAUCUGCGUGGAAGCUCCUAUCGCCACUCCCGGGGACAGCGGCCACGGUUCGUUGCGCCACAUCUUCACUGCUGUACAGCACGCUGUACGGCAACGACCCGUACAAGCAUUGGGACUUGCCGUACUCUUCGACUCCUUGACGGUCCUGGCGAGCUUGUGUCCAUCACCCGAGGACUGGACAGGCUUCCUGCACUACUGCUGCGGGACCGGGGGCGCUUUUGCGGCGUCCUCACAGGCAACAACGGAGGAGCAGCAGCAGCAGCAGCCGGCUGAGCAGCGACCACAGGUACCGUAUUGCGUUAUAGCUGGAGUGUACGACGACGUACCUGACGAUAGGGCCUGGCUAACGUCGCUUGAGCACCGAGCGGAUGUGGUUGUUUCCGUGGAGCCGCUGCCUGGGCGCAUCGCCGAUGUAGAUGGCGUGGUCACGGUCACGCGACGAGCCGUGCCCCAGCCCGCGGCAACCCCGCAGCAGCUGCCGGCCCCCAGCGGCCAGGCAACCCCAAGCGGGGGCAGCGCCCCUGGCUGCGCCCCGCUGCGGCAGUCGCUGUACUUCCGGGCUGGUGAGCUGGCGAUCAAGUGGAUGCAGCAUGUGACAGCACGGGAGCUGCUGUAGCCAAAGGCCGCAAGGAAGGAUGCAAGGCGUGGUGCCAUGUGUAGUUGAGUAAGACAAGAGCAAGGUUCGCAUGUGAACCGCGAGUACAGGCAAACCUGAACCGUAAUACAAAACCUGCUUAAAUAGCUGGAUGUAAGAAGAGUGGCGGGUGACGACGCAUGUCGAUGAUGCUGAUGGUGUAACUAAAAUACUACCUAGUUGUGGUGCCAUGUGUGUGCAUGUAUCAUGCAUGGGAUGAAAGACACUUUGACUGCAUGGGUUGUAUUGAC